UACCCUAUUAGGUAGUUACCUAUAUUAUGUGUCAACAUUCAACUUUCAAGUCUCCAAAAUUAAAUUUAUUGAAUAAGUGAAUAAUUUCAAGCCCAAGGAUUUUAAAAGUCAUACAGCUCCUUGAUAUAACCAAUACUAUCAACUAUACUUAUUGUUAAUAUAAAGCUUAUCUAUUAACUCGAUGUUUAGCAGUAAAACGCAACUAAGAAAGAGAACACCAGAAAAUGGAACGGAUCGCGAAAGUUAUUUAUCACUUUUAGUCGAUGAAUACAUUAAUUCUUCAUCGUUUGAUGCCAAACAUCAGGUUUUAGCAAAUCUUGCUAACUUUGCUUACGACCCUAUAAACUACGGUUUUAUAAGAAAUGUUGGAGUCUUAGAUAUAUUUAUCCAUGUGCUAAAGAAUGAAAAUAACAGUAAACUGCUUCAUUUUGCCACAGCAGGAAUCUGCAACUUGUGUAUAGAUCCAGAUAAUGUUGAUUAUAUUGUGAAUAAUGGAGCUAUUGAACCUAUUUCCACUUUACUCAACUCCGACCAUGAAGAAACAUUAGCUGAUGCUAUAACAAUAUUUAUUUACUUAUAUGACAGUCAUGCAAAAGAUAAAAUACAUGACAUAAAAACAGUUAAAAAUAUUGAAGCACUUAUUAAAUCAGAAAAUCAAGUUAUUUCUAAUCUAGCAUCUAUAUUUGUAGAAAAUACAAAAAAAGUUGCAAAACCAGGAGAAACAAUGAAUAAAAUGUUGUCGAAUAGGUUUCCAUAUCUCAUAAACAAUAAGAAUUAUCAGAAGAUCUGUAAGUUUCAAUCAACAUUCAGCCGUGCGGCUUUCAAAGCUGGUGAUAAAAUAAGAAUACAGAAAACUCUAACACAGAAAGAUCUGGAUACAUUCUCAAAUUUGACGAGCGAUCACAAUUACCUCCAUAAGAAUAAUGGCAACAAAAGACCAAUUGUUCAUGGGGCGUUUUUGAAUGGACUCGUCGCUGGGCUUAUUGGAACCCAUCUGCCUGGACCUGGCACUGUGCUAGUGUCACAGACCAUGAAAUUUCCUAAUAAAUGUUUUGUUGGAGAGAAGCUGACUAUAAGUGUGGAGCUGGUCGAUGUUAGAAAAAUACUCAAGGUUAAAUUUUUCUGCAUUGUUGAAGAGGAAAAAAAGGUUGUGUUUGAAGGUGAAGCAAAGUUGAUGCUUGCUAAAGACUGUUAAAAUUAUGGAUUGUGAACUAUAAGUUCAUCAAAAAGACUGUAUAACAUUACGAAGUGCCACAGAUAAUAAUAUUAAAUACAAUUAUGAUUAACAGUACAAUUAUAAAAGUAAUUCUAAUCUGUCCACCAUUCUGAUUGUUUUUAAUACCCAACAUAUCACAAUUAACCAACAAAGACUGAUGUCACAGAUUUUUUGAUUUGAAAAAAAAAAAUCACAAAAAUGUAAUAUUGUAACUUAAAUUUAAAAAUUAAUUCAAAUUGUAAUUUACAGAAUACAGAUAAUAUAUUGAAACAGCUCAAUAAUUUUAAUAAGCUGUAUGUACAAAUAAUCAAAAAAUAAAAAUGUAGCAAUAAUUUAUUUAUUUGUAAGACUAAAAUGAUAUUAACACUUCCUAAAUGUGUUCUGAAUUUGUAUGUUAUUACAUGAAAAAUAUUUUUCCACUGUAUAUGUAUAUUGUAAUGUGUUUUAUUUGUUACUUUUGAUGUAUCUUCUGUAAAGCUUGUAAAUAUUUUGGCUUUUUUGUAAUAUCGCAUGCAUAUUUAUCAGUAUUAUUAGAUUUGAAGCCAGUCCUUUAAAAGGAAAUAUUGUUUUUGCGUUUCCUUAGAAUACAUUUUCUAAGUUUGUUUUUUUUUUUCUGUAUGAUUUAAUUAUUUAAUAAAUUAAUUUAUCAAAUGUUA